AUGGCUGCCCAAUGUGUGACCAAAGUGGAGUUGACAGUUUCCUGUGAUAAUCUCCUGGACAAAGACAUUGGAUCCAAAUCAGAUCCUCUGUGCGUGCUAUUAAUGAGCACCUCGGAUUCACAGUGGUAUGAGUUGGCGCGCACAGAAAAAGUCCAGAAUUGCCUCUGCCCAAAGUUUGCCAAAAAGUUUGUCAUCGACUACUACUUUGAGAUGGUGCAGAAAUUGAAAUUUGGGAUUUAUGACAUCGACAAUAAGACCAUUGAUCUCAGCGAUGAUGAUUUCCUAGGAGAACUGGAGUGUACCUUGGGCCAGGUUGUGUCCAGUAGAAAACUGACCAGGCCUCUGGUCCUGAAGAACAAGUCACCUGCAGGAAAAGGGACCAUCACAAUCAAUGCUGAAGAAAUUAAAGAUAACAGGGUGGUAAAUUUUGAGGUGGAGGCAAGAAAACUGGAUAAUAAGGAUUUCUUUGGAAAGUCUGACCCGUAUCUGGAAUUCUACAAGCAAACAGAAACUGGAUGGCAACUGGCUCACAGGACAGAGGUGGUAAAGAAUAACCUAAAUCCAACAUGGAGACCAUUCCGAAUCCCCCUGCAGUCUCUCUGUGGAGGAGACAUGGAGAAACCAAUUAAAAUUGAGUGCUUUGAUUAUGACAGUGAUGGCUCACACGAUCUUAUCGGGACUUUCGAGACCACGAUGAAACGCCUUCAAGAAGCAUCGCGCACUUCUCCGGCGGAAUUUGAGUGCAUCAACAGUAAAAAGAAACAAAAAAAGAAAGGCUACAAGAAUUCCGGUGUUGUGAGUGUGAAGCAUUGUCAGGUGGUCAAAGAGUAUACAUUCCUGGAUUAUAUUAUGGGGGGUUGUCAACUCAACUUCACUGUAGCAAUAGACUUCACUGGUUCCAACGGGGAUCCAAGGUCACCUCAGUCUCUGCAUUACAUCAGUCCACAGGGAGUGAAUGAGUACCUCUCUGCUAUUUGGUCUGUGGGCAACGUCAUCCAGGACUAUGAUAGUGACAAGAUGUUUCCAGCCUUUGGCUUUGGUGCACAGGUCCCUCCAACAUGGCAGGUCUCCCAUGAGUUCCCGCUUAAUUUUAACCCAGCAAAUCCAUACUGUGCAGGUGUUCAAGGGAUAGUGGAGGCCUACAGGGUUUGCCUCCCCCAGGUCAAACUUUAUGGUCCCACAAAUUUCUCACCAAUCAUCAACCAUGUAGCGUGCUUUGCAAAGCAAGCUCUUCAGCAGAACACUGCAUCACAAUACUUCGUGCUACUCAUCAUCACAGACGGAGUGAUCACGGACAUGGAUCACACACGUGACGCCAUUGUCAAUGCCUCACGUUUGCCAAUGUCCAUCAUCAUUGUGGGAGUGGGCGCGGCAGACUUCGCUGCUAUGGAGUUUUUGGACGGAGACGACGGGCGUCUUCGCUCUCUGGCUGGAGAGCCCGCCAUGCGAGACAUUGUGCAGUUUGUACCAUUCAGGCAGUUCCAAAAUGCCCCAAAGGAAGCCCUUGCAAAGAGCGUGUUGGCUGAAGUUCCAGGUCAGCUUGUGGAGUUUUGCAAUACCAUGAAGCUGAGCCCACCCAACACCAAUCCUGUUGCAAAGCCUGCAAAAGCCAUGUGA